UCAUUUAUAGAUCAGUGUCAGUGCUGGAGACGAAGCCAAAGAUAAACAAAGAUGUCUACAACAAAAAGCAACGAAAGCUCUUCUCCUCCGUCUGUUUACCGUCAAAAUAUGUCUAAACAUGGCGUUUUUGAAGAUGACUUUCUUUAUGGAGUCACCGUCGCACAAUCGAGCAUUGAUUUUCGUUUGGGAUUUCUAAGAAAAGUAUAUGGAAUCCUUUCCAUGCAACUUGGCCUUACAAUCAUUGUGUCAGCUUUGUUUAUGUUCAUUGAACCAGUAAAAACAUUCGUUCAAAGCAGUCCAUCACUUCUUAUUGUGUCCAUGUUUCUAUCGAUUGGUCUUCUCAUUGGAUUGGCCAUAAAAAGACGUGAUAGUCCAGUUAACAUGUACCUCCUGUUAGCUUUUACAUUUGCAGAAUCCUAUACCAUUGGUACAGUUGUUACUUUGUAUGAUGUCCAGAUUGUGAUUGAAGCUUUUGUUCUUACAAUUGCAACAACAGUUGCUCUAACACUCUACACAUUCCAAAGCAAGAGGGAUUUCAGCAGCUGGGGGGCAGCUUUGUUUUCUACUCUGUGGAUCCUGAUUCUUGCAGGAAUUUUACAGAUAUUCAUCCAAAGUGAAAUCAUUGAGCUGGCAAUUGCAAUUGUUGGUGCAGUAUUAUUCUCGUUAUUCAUUGUUUACGACACACACAUGCUCAUGCAUAAAUUAUCUCCAGAAGAGUACAUCCUGGCAUCCAUCAACCUUUACCUGGAUGUUCUCAACCUUUUCUUGGAGAUUUUAAAAAUACUAGAUGCUCUGAAAAGGAAUUAAGAAAAACAUGUCUGUACAUU